CUUUUCAAAUUCACCAUUUUAACUGUGCCUUUGUCAGUCAAAUUUUGUUUUUAUUCAAAUCAAGUUCAACUUUACUAUAAGUUGUUUUAAAUCCUUUUUCUUGAUCUAUACCUUUUCAAUCUGUUGUUGUUUGCAUUAUGUUGCAGAUUAAAAGUGAAGAUGAAAUCGAGUUGAUUAAUCGUUCAUCAAGAUAUUCAGUUUCUAAAUCAUUGAUUUGUGAAAAAAUUCCAUUUUUUAAUGAAUUGUGUUCUUCUCAAGUUGUGAGGAAAUUUCAAUUUGAUCUAAAUGAAUAUUGUUUCGAACCAGUAAUUAAUUGGGUGUAUUCCGGUUGGAUUGUAAUCAAUAUGGAAAACGUUUUGCCAAUGUAUGAAGUUUCUGACCAUCUGAGGAUUGGAUCGAUCAAAACUGUGUGUCAAUCAUUUUUAGCCGAAAAUUUUACCGCCAAACAAAUCCCUACGUUAAUUAAACAUGUGAAAGAUGAUUCUUCGUUGCUUAACUUCAACAUGCUCAAUUCUUUUUUGAGCAGAAAUUUUCUCAGGAUUAUGCAUGGGGAAUAUUUCUUAGAAUUUCCGUUGGAAGUAGUUAAAUACAUCCUAUCAUUGGAUUUAUCCAUUGAAAAUGAAUAUCAAGUGUUUCAAGCCAUCCUUAAAUGGAUCAAACAUGAUCAAUCGCGUGUUGUCCACCUACCAGAUCUGAUGAAAUGUAUCAGAUGGUGCUAUACUUUUGGAGACGAUUUGAACAUAAAAGAAGACGAAUUCAUCGUCAAAAAUCUUCCGUUAAUUGAUGAACUUACAUGUCAACCUGACGUAUGUCGUAAUUUAUGUUUGAAUAGCCGAAUCAAAGAGAAACAUUUAAUUUCUCUAUAUUUUAUAAAAACUGAUUUCAUUGGGAUUAGUUACUACACCGGUGAAAAUUGUUGGGAACCUUGUGGUUCAUUCGAAGCCAACUUUAAAAUUCCUACUGGAAUUAUCGACAAGGAGCAUGUGGUGGAUGUCAUCUUUGAUUCUGGACGAGCUGGGCUGCGAUUUGAUUUUGUUAAAAAGCAAUAUCGUUGGCUAGAAAUGUCUGGGUCUCCGCGUGCUUAUUACAAUCAACUCUACGAUUGUUUUAGACCAAAAUUUGACAGAGAGAGUUCCUACAGAGCCUACAUUCAAGAUGGAGUUAAAAAAAUUGAAAAAUGGUGUGAUCUGGAAAAAAACACACUUAUUGAAUACAACGGAGAAAUGAAUAUCAUCUGUUACCCUCAAAAGGAUACAAAAUUAUUCUGUUUCCUUCCCGUUGAACAUGUUCAUUGGUACAAUAACCCAUUCGAUGGACAUCGAAUCCAUGCAUGCAUUUUAAAAGAUGUAUGUUACAUAAUUACUAAGUCAUUGACGUUCCGUGUCUUCGACAUGGUAAAGAAAACCAUAGAGAAAACUAAGCCCUUUGAAGGAAUGAACUUAAAAUUUGAAGACUUGCAAAUGGAUCAACAUAAGUCAAAUGUGUUACUGUUGAUAAGAUCGCAACAAAAGAUUAUGAUUUUCGACACUUGCAAAAAGACUUGGAGCUUUAUGGGACAGAUACAUUCUGAUAAUAAAAUGAUUGCAAUAACUUCAACUGAUAUUUCGUUUCAGUUAAUUAAAAAGUUGUAUUCAAAAAACAGAGUAAAGUAAAAUUGAAUCUAUCAUUACAUGUAUUAUUAUCACCAUUCAAUCAUGAUUUUGUAUCAAACUGUAAACCCUUUCAAAAUACAAUAAUGUAUUGAAAACUUUGAGAUAAUCGAUAUUUAACCGAAAUAGUUUUUUAAAUUGUUUUAAUAAAUUGCUUUUUUCUUGA